UUUCUUUCUCUUCUUUUAUUUAUUCCCCCCUUUUUAAUGCAGGCAUAUAAUGAUAAACAGAACAAUCCACUCUUUUCAGAGUUGGAACAGCAACGACUGCACAUGUUUUUUGAUGAUGUCAACCAGGAACCUGUCUGUUCACAGACAAAAAACACAUCAAAAACACAUACCCCAGGAGGUAUUCAGAUAAAUACACUCAUUAUUCCUGAACCCACAAAAUCAUCAUCAAAAACUGCUGCAAGGAAGCAUCCAAAAAGAAUGCAACCUUAUUCUCCGCCCCUGCUCUCUUCGUCAUCAUCAAGUACUUGUACCAACCAGAGUGAUGACCGUUCAAAGCAAAGGAAAGCAAAGAGACCAACAAAGCAACCUCAUGAGCUAUUGACAGAAGAACAAAAGAGAGCUAAUCAUAUUGCUUCAGAACAAAAGAGAAGAGCCAACAUUCGUAUCGGAUUUGAACAAUUAGUUGAUAUUGUGCCUACUUUAAGUGAUGGACACAAAAGUGAAGCGAUGAUAUUACAGAAAUCUGUAGAAUAUUUGAGGCAUCUAGUUGAAGUCAAGACAAAUCUAAAGGAAACAGCUCGACAACUUCAAUUGAAGCUAGGUGAAAUGUAAGAAAAAGAUUGACUACAAUUUAACCUUAUUAACCCUGAUUGAUGUCAUAGACCAGACGACGAUGUAACAAAAACAUUUAAACUUGACUAUUUUAGUAGCUAAUGUUUUUUUAUAUUAGAGUUCAGAAGGAGAAAUAGACUAUUUUUAAUGUAAAAUGUUUAUAUACGAUCGGAGAGGAACACUU